AUGGUCUUUAAAAAAAGACCAUUAAUCCUUAAAUUUACUGUUGACAUUCAGAUUGUUCAGUUGACUGAUGUUUCAUUAUUAAAUGGGAUUUUAUUUGCUAAGGUAAAAUUAAAUGAAAAUGGAAAAUUUAGAGGAGAAACUGAACAUAAAGAGGUGAAUAAUCAUAGAGUUAACUGGGAAAAAAGAUUUCAAUUUCCGGUUAAAAUAGCAACUGAUCCUAGUACUGGUGUUUUAAAAAAAUGUAUAAUUAAAAUUUCUAUCCAAAGAGAAGCAAAAGGUGGAAAAAUUGCAAGAAAGUUGGGAUUUGCUGACAUUAAUUUAAGUGAAUUUGCUGCAUCUGGUGUUGAGGGUAUUGAAAAGGGAUACCUUUUAGAUGGAUAUGGUGGUGAUCAUAGGCAAGAUAAUUCAAGAAUCAUAGUAAGAGUAACUAUGCUUCAUAAUAGUGCAGAUCCAUUUUUUAAAGUUCCCUCACCAAAAUAUGUAAAUAUACCAAAUCAGGAAUUAAAUCCAUCUGACAGAAAAGCACCAACUCAGAUUGUCGAUAUUCAUAGAAGCUCUCUUGAUAUUUCUGUAAAUAAUGUAUAUGAUAAAAGAUAUUCUUCGAAUAUCGAGUAUGAAGAACAACCUUUGUCUCAAUCAUCUUCUAUAACACCUGUCUGUCAAGAUAUAACUGAAAUUUGUAGUUAUGAUUUAUCUACAAAUGAAUCAGGAUCAUCAAGAAGACUAUCCGAUGACCGUCUAUUAACACUUACAACAAACAAUAAUACUUCAGCAAAUUCUCGUGUUCAAAGAACAAGAGUCAAUGUGGAUAAUGUUAUAGCGGAACUUUUUUCUGAAACUGAGGCAGGUUUUCAAGAACCUAAAUAUAGUAAAACUAAUGAUGAUAAUAUUGGAAACAAUAUUAAAUUAUUUAUUGCUAGAAGUAAUGAGGAAGGACUCAUUGAAAUAGAAGAUAACAAAUUGAAAAGCAAUACUUUAGAACGGGUUGAUUCAAAGGACACGAGUUAG